AUGCAGGGAGAAAGAGGCUUGCCUGGACUACAGGGUGUGAUUGGGUUUCCUGGAAUGCAAGGACCUGAAGGUCCUCCUGGGCCACCAGGGCUUAAGGGUGAUACUGGAGAACCAGGACUGCCAGGAACAAAGGGAACAAGAGGCCCCCCAGGAGCAUCAGGCUUUCCAGGAAAUCCAGGCCUUCCUGGCCCUCCUGGUCCACCUGGCAUUCCAGGAUGUAAUGGCACAAAGGGUGAAAGAGGUCCAGUAGGUCCCCCAGGUUUACCAGGACUGACUGGGAGCAUAGGACCCCCAGGACCUCCUGGAAUGAAGGGAGAGCCAGGUGAAGUGAUUGGUCUUUUACCUCCUAGUGUGCUAAAAGGUGAUAAAGGCUUUCCUGGCCAACCUGGACUACCUGGUCCACCUGGAACUCCAGGAUUUCAGGGACCAAUGGGGCCACAAGGGCCUCCAGGAGAUCCAGGUCCCCGAGGAGAACCAGGACCCCCAGGCGAGAAAGGCUACAUGGGCUUGGGCUUUCAGGGUCCCAAAGGUGAAAAGGGAGAACAAGGGGUAAGGGGCCCCCCAGGCCCACCAGGACCAGCACCACAUAUGAAGGAAAAAGGGAGUGAAAUCAUAAAGGGAGAAAAGGGUGAUCCAGGUGAAAAGGGUGAACCGGGAGCUCCAGGAUUUCCAGGUUCAGGUUUCAAAGGAGAAAAGGGUGAACCUGGGAAGCCUGGUCCACGUGGAAAGCCUGGAAAAGAUGGUGAACCAGGACCGAAAGGAGACCCCGGUUUGCCUGGUGGGUUUGGGAUUCCAGGACGACCCGGGGAGCCUGGUACGAAGGGUGACAAAGGUGAACGAGGUUUUCCAGGACCUCCAGGAAGAGUUAUAGAUCCUGGACCAGUAGAUAGCCUUGGUGAAAAAGGAGAGCCUGGAGUUUCCGGUUUGCCUGGACUGAAAGGUCAAAAAGGUGAAAAAGGUUUGCCUGGUACACAAGGAAUCCCAGGACCUCCAGGUCUACCACUUCCAGACAGGGUAGGAUCACCUGGUGUCCCUGGAGAGAGAGGUGAAAAAGGUGAAAAGGGUUCUCCGGGAUUCUCUUUACCCGGACCCCCUGGAAGAGAUGGUUUCCCAGGUCCCCCAGGGUUGCCUGGCCCACCAGGUCCUCCAGGCAAAACAGAUGGAAUUGAUCAAUGCCAGCAGGGAGAACCUGGUGCACCGGGUAGUCCUGGACCUCCUGGAAGAGAUGGAUUUCCAGGAGAGAUGGGAGAGAAAGGUGACAAAGGUGAAUCCUGUGCCUUAUGUGAACAAGUAGGACCUCCUGGACUUCCAGGACCACAAGGGCCACCAGGUCCAGCAGGUUUUCCAGGACAAUCAGGUUUAAAGGGUGACAGAGGCUUACCUGGACUUGAUGGCCUUCCAGGGGUACCUGGCCCCCCCGGCACUCCAGGACUUAUGGGCAGCCCUGGGGCAAAAGGAGAACCAGGAGAUUUUUCUUAUGAUUCUAUCCUGAAAGGUGAAAAGGGAGAUCCUGGUUUCCCAGGACAACCAGGUAUUCCUGGAAGAGAAGGAAGACCAGGAAAAGAUGGAUUGCCAGGUCUCCAGGGUCCGAAAGGAGCAUCGGGUACAGUUGGCUUGAAAGGAGAACGUGGUCCCCCUGGCCAACCUGGAUUCCCUGGAGUACGUGGUGAAAGAGGUUUUCCUGGCCCUCCUGGGAUAGGUGCUGCAGGGUUACCUGGUGACAAAGGAGACAGAGGCUUUGCUGGAACCCCAGGUUUACCAGGCCUUCCAGGAGCAAAGGGUGAAGCAGGACGAACUGUACCACUCCCCGGACCUCCUGGGGCAGAUGGCCUUCCUGGGCCACCUGGUUUCCCUGGACCCCAAGGUGACAAAGGGAAUCCUGGGCUUCCAGGUAGACCUGGCCUGCCAGGAGAAAAAGGUGCUGUUGGGCAGCCAGGUAUAGGGUUCCCUGGACCUCCAGGACCCAAAGGUUUCCAAGGUCAACCUGGCUCGCCUGGUCUGCCAGGGACUCCAGGAACCCCUGGCCUGGAUGGUUUGCCAGGUGUACCAGGUUUACAAGGUCAAAAAGGUGAACCUGGUGCAGGUCUCCCUGGCCCUAAGGGAUUGCCAGGCCCCCCAGGCCCAUCUGGCAUCCCUGGAGAAAAGGGAAAUCCAGGACUGCCUGGCUUACCUGGCGAGCAAGGCUUCCCGGGCAUACCUGGACAACAAGGAUUCAGAGGGGACCCCGGCCUCCCAGGACUGCAAGGCUCACCGGGCCCGCCGGGCGCACCAGGGCUGGGCCCACAGGGAUUGCCGGGACCCGCCGGGCAGCCGGGACCACAGGGACCACCAGGAUUUCCUGGAAUAAAAGGAGAAAGGGGCUUCCCUGGUCUCCCAGGUCUAGAUAUGCCAGGACCAAAAGGGGAUAAAGGUAGCCAGGGCCAGCCUGGAGUACCAGGGUCUGUGGGGUUACCUGGCCUGCCGGGUCCUCAGGGAGCCAUUGGACUGAAAGGAUCGGCAGGGCCCAAAGGAGAAAUGGGAGUUAUGGGAACUCCUGGAUUGCCAGGAACUCCUGGACCAGUUGGAGAUCGAGGGUUCCCUGGUGAAAAAGGGAGCCCAGGUUUCAAAGGUGAAGUUGGACCACAGGGUGAUGUUGGUGUCAAAGGAGAUAAAGGUGAAGCUGGUCUCCCAGGAAAACCUGGAACGAUGGACAACAUGGACAUGGUUAGUCUCAAAGGCCAAAAGGGAGAUCAAGGAGAAAAAGGGGACCAUGGAGCAACAGGAGAAAAAGGGUUACGUGGGGACUAUGGAGAACCAGGAAUUCCAGGGAAGGAUGGUGAACCUGGUACUCCAGGACAUCCAGGACCAAAAGGUGAUCAGGGCCCCCCAGGGUUCCCGGGGGAUCCAGGAAUUCCAGGACAAAAAGGAUCGGUUGGUGAAAUGGGUUUGCCAGGAACACCUGGAGAAAAGGGCCUGCCGGGAGUACCAGGUUCACCAGGCACACCAGGGUACCCUGGGCAAAAAGGUGCAAAAGGAGACAAAGGAGCACCAGGUUUUCCUGGAGUUGGCUUUCCAGGGUCUCCUGGUGAGAAGGGAGAACCAGGAAGAACGGGUAGUCCAGGUUUAUCUGGAGAUAAAGGUGAAAAGGGUAGUGCAGGAAUUCCUGGAAUGCCGGGUGUCCCAGGUCCCAAAGGAUCCCCUGGCAUGGCAGGAUUUCCAGGCAACCCCGGCCGCCAUGGAGAAAAGGGUGAAAAAGGACUUCCUGGCUUAAGUGGCAUUCCAGGUUUAAAAGGAGAACCAGGUGAACCUGGAGUUCCGGGUCCUGCUGGUUCCGUUGGACAGAAGGGUGAACCAGGAUAUGAUGGGAUUCCAGGUGCAGCUGGUGCAAAGGGUGAACAAGGUAUUCCAGGUAGAGGACUUCCAGGAUUUCCUGGUGCAAAGGGAGAUAAAG